AUGGACUUCGCAAAGAAGCGGAAACUCAAUGCCCUGCUGAAUGGCCUUGGCAGUCGACCCUCGUACCCCACAGAUUCCAUCCCACCAGCACCAUCCGACACAGCUCCCGAGGACGAGUCCACGCCGCAGACGCCGCCUCCCAAUCGCACCUCGACCAACACCCUUGCCUCGGCAUCCUCGAACACCCGCACGCCAGGCUCAGACUCCAUGGCCAUGCGGACAUCAGUCUCUUCCGUCCCACGAUCCGCCACCUCAACCGACCUCGACCUCCUCACAAAGCGACGGCGACUUGGGCUGGCUGACUCGACCCCGUCCAAGGAUCUCAACACAAAAGCCCCAGAUGGAGGCAGCCAGACCACCAUAUCAAACAUCGUACUGAGGAAAUGGGGCGGAAACAAAGAAAAGGAAACCAUCUUCAAACCAAAAUACUGCCCAGGUGACAGGGAGGAGCUGCUCAAGCGCCUGGCCAGCUUCCAGGAGCUGACAGACUGGACACCAAAACCGAACCCGGUCGCCGAGGUCCAAUGGGCCAAGAGGGGGUGGAUAUGCCAGGGCAAGGAGCGAGUGCGGUGCACGCUGUGCAACAAGGAGCUAGUGGUGAAGCUGAACAGGAAGGAGGUCGACGGCAAGGAGGUCCCCGUGCUCGUGCCCUCGGAGAUUGAGGACGCGCUGGUGGCCAAGUACGUCGAGCUGAUCGUCACGUCGCACCAGGACGACUGCCUGUGGCGGAAGCGCGGCUGCGACGACUCCCUCCUGCGGCUGCCGCUGUCGAACCGGCAGGCCGCGAUCCAGGACCUGCGGCGGCGCUACGACGAGCUGUGCGCGCGCAGGGACUUCCUCCCCUACGAGUUCAACCUGCGGCUGCCGGCGCGCCUCGACAUCGACACGGUCCUCCGGUACCUGCCGCGCGAGUUCUUCACCGCGCCCGAGCCGCCGCCCGCCAACCCGCCCGCGCGGUCGCCCAACCGCGUGGCGCUCGCGCUGGCGAUCCUGGGGUGGCAGGGCCUGUCGAACGCGCGCAUCGGGCCCGUGCCCAACACGGCGUCGUGCCACACGUGCCUGCGCCGCCUGGGCCUGUGGAUGUUCAAGAGCAAGGAGGUCGACCCGGACUCCGGGGCCGUGCUGGUCCCCGCGCCCAUGGACUACCUCGACCCGCUGCGCGAGCACCGCUUCUUCUGCCCCUGGAACAGCGCCGACGCCCAGCGCAUCACGUCGUCGUCGUCGUCCGACAGGAGGCGCGCGGCCGCGGCCGACGGCGGCGGGGAGGAGGACCGGCCCGGCUGGGAGGUCCUGCUGCAGGUGCUCAAGAACGAGGCGUACCUGCGCAGCCGGGACAGCCCGGCGUCCGGUCGGAGGGGGGACAAGAGGGCGUCGCAGACGCCUUCGUCGCGCAGGUCGGGGCAGGACGCGGGCGGGGCCGAGGGCCGAGGGGGAGAGGACGGCGAGGGCGGGGGAGAAGGGGACGAGGACGAGGAGGACGAGAAGACGCAGAAUGCCAAGGACAAGGAGCGGUGGAAGCGCCUGCGCCGUGUAAAGAGCCUUCUCAGCAGCAAGGGCACCAACAAGCUGCGCAAGUCCAUCACGCUCAGCAGGCCCGGGAGCAGCGCCGCAAAGAGCCGGCCUGGGACGAGCCACUCGACUGCGCAGGGCGGUGAUGGUGCGCCGCAGGGUGGGGAUAGCCAGAGUGGUGAGGCUGCGUAG